ACCUGUAACCAUGCAGUUUCAUUAACACGCUAACACAAGUUCGACGCUUUUUUAAGCCAUGCAUGCUGGUAUGCAGAUUAUCAUUUGUUUAAGCUCGUACUGAAUUAAUAUUCACUGAGAAAACGAUUUGUAAAAGAGAUUGGAAUUAAGUUUGGAAGCUACAAUGGUGGACAUGCAGUGGAAAUACGUUUGGUGGAUGCUGAUGGUCUUACUUUUGACCGGACACGUCUACAUGAAUGCAGAUGGAACUGGCUGGGUUCCCGGUGAUGGCUCUGAGCUGGAAGCCUGGCAUUUGGACAAUGCUGGAAAUUCUAGCACUCCAGAAAAUCAGAUGACGGACAGCUUGGUGUUGGCUUCCAGAUCUGGAGAGGUGACGGGUGCCCUGUCCAGAAUUAAACGAGGCAUCCUCUUUCCGAGCGGAGUCAAACUGUGCCCUCAGGAGACGGUGAAGCAAGCGCUCCAGAACCACCUGGACUACUUUCACCUGAGAGUGUGUCAGGAGACUGUCUGGGAGGCUUUUAAGAUCUUCUGGGACAGGCUUCCCAAAAGAGACGAGUACCAGCUGUGGAUUAACAGGUGCCAGAAUGGCAGUAUUAACGUCUUUGAUAUUGGCAGGAGCUUCAGUCAGUCACCUGAGCAUCUCGCCAUCAUCACCAGUAGGGUGCAAAUGGCUUCAGCGAUGGGCCAACAGACUACAGCUGAUCCUACAAAAGCAGAUAUCAUCUCCGCCACUGAUGGAGUUGCCAGUGUAACUUCUCUACUAGCAGAAGUUAAUCCAACAGAAUUAACAGACACAACAGCAAAUACUACACUUACUCCAACAGAAGAGCCUGGGGUUACUCUGACAGAAGUGAUAGUAACCACACAACAGUCUGUGGUUACUACAAAUGUAGCUAUGGAAACCACAGGAGAGUCUUCACAUACUCCAACAGAAGAAAUAGUAUCCACAAAACAGUCUAUUAAUAUUGCAACAAAAGUGAUAGCAACUGCAGAACAGUCUACAGAUAUUCCAACAGAAGCAAUAGAACGGUCUACGGAUACUCCAAAAGAAGCAAUAGUAACCAUACAACCAUCUAUGGUUACUCCAAACAUAGCUAGGAUAACCAUAGGGGAGUCUACAUAUACUCCAACAAUAACAUUAGUAACCACAGAACAGUCUGGGGAUACUCACGCAGAAGCAAUAGAACGCUCUAUGGAUACUCCAAAAGAAACAACAGUAACCACACAACAGUCUAUGGUUACUCCAAACAUAGCUAUGGUAACCACAGAAGAGUCUAUGAUUACUCCAACAGAAGAGAUAGUAACCACUGAACAGUCUAUGGAUCUUGUAAAAGAAGCAGUAGCAAAUGCAGUACAGUCUACGGUUACUCCAACAGAAGCUACAACAACCACAGAAAAGUUUACGGAUACUUCAACACAAGCGAUAGUAACCACACAACAGUUUAUGGUUAGUCCAGACAUAACUAUGGUAACCAUAGAGGAAUCUAGGAAUACUCCAACACAAGCGAUAGUAGAGACAGACCAGUCUACUGGUAUUGCGAUAGAAGCGAUAGCAUCUUCUAAACAGUCUACAGUUACUCCAAAUAAAGCUAUAGUCUCAACAGCACAGACUACAGCACAUUUAAUCCCAGUCUCCAUUAUGGCCACAGAGCUAGAGGUUACUGCAGAGGUCAGUGUUAAACCUACUUUCAAUUUAACCACUGGGGAUUCACAGGGUGUAAAUCCUGAUUCUUUGACAGAAGUCACCGGUCAGGAAACUGAGGAGAUAAGCCCAGGGACUGAACCGGAGGUGAAUCAUAAUACCCCUGAAAUGCCUUUGAGUACAACUGUAGUCGCCUUUGAGGGUGAUGAGGAUGACCUUACUGUUGAAGAUUCUGUCAAUUCUGGUUUAGGGGAAACCAAAGUAGACACAGAGGAGGCAUCACCUGAAGAACCUGUACAGUUAGAUGAUAAUGGUGGUGGUGGAGCAGCACUACGGUCCUCACCCAGCCCUACUCUAGGCACCACACUUGAACCUAGUGAAGAUGAGCAACCAGAAAUGGAGACACUUGAAAGCACCCUACCAGAUGACUCUCUAGACACAUCUCAAGAUGAACCACCACUUUCUGGUAGUGAAGAUACACAUGAAAGCGAUGAAAUCACAUCUGGGUCUGUUAUUGUGGAAGAGGUAUCUGAGAGUGCUGAGGACCCCUCUGAAAUUACCAGUGAUAAGGAAUCAUCAGAGAGGACAGAAGAUGAUACCCGUGUAAGUGCCGUGCAGGUUAGUAAUGAUGUUGAAGGUAUCAGAUUGGAGAUGGACGGUAAGGUCACCGAAUACAGUGUUUCUGAAGAGAAGGAAACCCUUGCGGAGGCUGAAGUUUUACUUGAAGCCCCUACAAAUGAGCUGUCCUUAGAACAGAAUACAACUGUAGCUGAAGAUGUACAUGCCUCUGCCAGUUCAGAAAUUUCAUUUGAUUCUACAGUAGAGGAUAACCCCAAAGAUUUACCUAAAGAUGCUGCAAGGGAUAAGCUUGACAUUUCAUUUGAUGAGAUGCCUGUGGAUAUAACAGAAGAUGCAACUGAAGCAGUACCUUCUGUUGAGAAUACAGGUGAAGCACAAUCAGAAACAACUGUAGAGACUGGAGUCCAUGAGGUGCCACCCAGCGCUAUGGCUGAUAUUAUAGCUGUUGAAACUGACAAACCUGACUCAGCCAGUGAAGUGGAGCCACCUGAGGUUAUACCUGACACUAAUGGUAAAGACGUCACACUUGCCUUCACGCUUGACCCUAGUGUCAUCAUUCUGGAUAUUGAAGAUUUCAUGCCCGAGGUUACAGCUUCUACUGAAGAUUACACAUCUGGAACCCAUAGCAUGGAAAUUGACAUCAAAGAAGAAACCCCUGAAGAGAAUUUCCUUGAACCUAUGGUUGAAGAGAAGAUGCCUGAGGUUCUUGAGGUCACUACCGUGACUACCGUGACAGUGCUGGAAGAUGUAGAUACUAACAUGUCGAUAGAUACAGAGGUCCUUGAGGACACAUUAGCUGUACCUGAAACUGCACCACGUGCUGUGGUUCCUGAUGUUACAACUUCAGAGUUACCUAAAGCUGUAGACAGAGCAACAGGGACACUAAAAGAGGACAAAACACCUGCACCAUCAGUUGAAGUUGAGAAAUCUACAGUCGGCCUAAAUGAACUGACAACCAACAUCCAGCAAAACACCAUCUCAUCCAUGGUACAAGCGUCCACACAGAUCUCCAAUAACAUCUUAGACAACGGGAACAUGAUUGGCAAUGAAAUUGACGAUAUUUUGCCACGUCCUGUGCGACCGAUAAUGGAUCAAGUGGUGGAGCUGAGCAUUAAACUCAGAGGAGAGACGUAUGAUGACGCUCUCAGAGAUCCAUCAAGCUUUCACUACCAGCAUUUGUCUGAACAGUUCAUUGAAAAGAUUGAAGAUGCCUAUAAAAAACUUCCAGGCUUCCAGAGGGUUUUUAUUCGUGAAUUCAGGCCACAAAAAGACAUCCAAGGCGGUCUUGCAGUGGUGGUACAUUACGCCAUUGUGCUGGAAGGAGAUGUAGCAGGCAUUAACAACGAGACCAUGACCGACAUCACCCUCCAGUCCAACCAGGUGGAGAAAUCCUACACGGAUCUGGAGGAACUGCCCACCGUGGUCUACACUGUCACAGACUUACGCCAUUACAUCACUCAGGCACUGCACAAAGAGAGCCUUGGGAACAAUGGAAACACCAGUUUGGAUGUGGACCCUGACUCUCUGCAGCUGGAAAAUGUGGAGACAUUGCCGCUUUCCAAACCGACCAGCAGACCGCUCGACUCCAAUAACAUGAUGGACAACGUGCUUGCUGCAGAAAAGCCACCCGAUAUUCCUGGCCUGGAAUUCAGCAGUAAUGAUGUCUUCAUCAAAAACGAGGAUUUUCUGUUUGACACCAUGCACCCAUAUCACCCCUGGACUGGCACUCAGACUGAGGUGGCUAGUGAAAAUGACAUCAUCAUUCUUGAGGACAAUCCAGCUACACCACUUACGGAGAUCCCACUUAAGACAAUGGACAUCGAAAUUAUCUCCACAACUGGAGAGACCAGCAGAGAUCCCACACUCAUCACAGAGAAUGAUAUUACCAUUGAAAAAGAGGGCUUCCUAGAAACCACAACUCCUGCUAACCCUAUUCCUGUUACUGUGGUUGAGGAGGCCCAUCCUACCCAGUUUGAGGCUAAGAGCACUGCAGCACAAAUACCUCCUGUGGAACCUCCAGGAGUAGAAGAGUCAGUAGAAGAUGAGCAUACAGACAUUGGAUCUGGAUCUGGCUUCUCCAGCAAUGACCAAAUCCCUGAGACAUGGCCAUGGAUAACAGAACAGCCUUCAGUAAGCUUAGAGAAGGAUGUUUCGAAAGCUGAAGGAGACCGGGAAGACCAUGAAAAGGAUAAAGCAGAAGAGGUCAAAUCAGAUAUUCCUGUCCAGCAAACAACAUCUGAAGUGCCAUUGUUAGACAAUGUCCUUAUGACUCAAGACAUUCACAUUCACCCUCAAGACACAACCACAGAACAGGCCCCAGUGUUCUUUACUAUGAAGACCCCUAUGGUAGAGCUUUCAAUGCAGACCAAAGAAGCUCCUGGGAUUUCUGAUAACUACCCAGGUGAACUCUCCACUUCCGUUGCUGCUGUAACUGAACUGCCAGGGCAGGUCUAUCCUACUACCAAGAGUCCUGCCAUAGAAGGCUCAACAGUCCAGAGCCCAGAAAUUAAUCCUAAAAAUGAAAAUUCCCUGGGUACCACUAGUCCCACUACACCAACAGCUAUGUUGGUAACAAAAGCAUCUACCACAUCUACCAACGUUAAAUCAGAGGACACUACAACAGAAACACUACAACAGGCCACAGAACCUCCUGCUGUUGUCGAUAUUAAGAUUGAUACUGUAGAAGAAUCUGACAUUGUCCCUGGUUCUAAUGAGAAACAUUUAGUUGAAGAUGUCACACGAUUGCCAGCAAUCUUUGAGUUUGAGACAUCAAAUGCUGGGGUAGAGAUUAUCGAGGACAUUACAUUCAACGUGACUCAAGCUACGGUUUUGGAAUUCUCAGACGAAGAUCUCGCCAAAGAUGAAAUCAUUGUGGUCAGCACAGAACCUGCAGGAUUGGUCACUGAAGCACCAAAUGUAGACGUGUCAACUAAACGCUCAACCGAGAAGGAGUCUCCAUUCACCAGAAUACCUUUAUUUGACUAUACCCUGGCAAAGGACGCAUCUCUAUUAAGCUCAACUGUGAAGCCUUUACCCAGUCAUACAUCUGACCCAAUUAUUCCUGAAGAGAUGACUUCACAGGUUCCAAGUCACUCAACUGUAGACACAGUCACUCAAAAUGAUGCUACUGGACCAAAAGAAACCAGCACCAAUAAUGUCAGACUAUCCACAGCAUCUUACCCUCCCACAACUUCAGACACUCCCAAUGGCACAGAUAUCUCUGAGAGAGACCUCCCAUCUACAACCGUACUCCCAAUCUUUCAACCGACCUUCCGACCUACUGACAGGAUAAUCGAUACUGGAGUCUCCAGCGAUGAUCAUCUAACCAAAAACGAACUUAUAUCAACCCCUAGCGUUUCUGAUCUCAUUUUCUUCCACGAAAACAAAGACAAUGAUAGCAGCACAGCACAGUCUCACAUUCCAGAAAACCCCAGUAUAACCGAACUUGAUGUGUCCUUUGACAUUAUCCAGUAUGAUGAUGAGAAUGGCAGCGGAUUCAUUCACGGUAAUGACAUGGCUAGUAUCGCCAUGCCGGUAAGUCCUGGUCGGGCCCUGAUGGUAUUUUUCAGUCUUCGAGUCACCAACAUGAUGUUUUCACAGGAUCUGUUCAACAAGAGCUCCUCUGAAUACAAAAUUCUGGAACGACAAUUUUUGGACUUGCUGGUCCCAUAUCUACAGUCCAAUCUUAGCAACUUCCAGCGCCUGGAGAUCCUAAACUUCAGGAAUGGUAGCAUUGUAGUGAACAGCAGGAUGAAAUUUGCGAAGCCGGUUCCCCAUGAAGUGACCUCUGCGGUCUACCUUAUUCUAGAGAAUUUCUGCAACACAGCUUACCAGACGAUGAACCUCGCUAUAGACAAGUACUCUCUAGAUGUUGAAUCAGGUGACAGGGCAGACCCGUGUAAGUUCCAGGCGUGUAACGAGUUCUCGAAGUGUACGGUGAACCAGUGGACAGGCGAGGCGGAGUGUGUGUGCCACGCCGGCUACUUCAGCAUGGACGGCCUGCCGUGUCGGAGCAUCUGCGACAUACAGGAAGACUUCUGCCUCAAUGACGGCAAGUGUGACAUCAUACCUGGCAAAGGUGCCAUAUGCAGGUGUCGUGUUGGGGAGAAUUGGUGGUAUCGUGGUGAACACUGUGAGGAAUACGUCUCCGAGCCUCUCGUGGUCGGCAUCGCCAUCAGCUCCGUCGCUGUCUUCCUGCUCGUUGCCUCGGGAGUCAUCUUCUUCCUGACGAGAAUGCUGCGAGAGCAGUACGACAAAGACGACUCUGAGGAUCCUCUGCGCCAUGAAGAAGCCGUUCCAUCUUUGGAAAGAGGAAACAGGUUCAACACCAUGUUUAAGAGUGAUGCAACCUCACGCUGUGGCCAAUAUCGGCAGACGUAUUUCGACACCGGCGAUGAGAUGCGGCACGUCUACGAGAACACUCAGCUCACUCCAGAGGAAAUCCCGGAUCGUGUUCUGAUCCUCGAGCUCUCCGCCAAAGACCACCAGUUUGCUGAUUUUGCACAGCAGCUUCGAGUUUGAGAUUUCCCAGGAUUACUGGAGUUUUCUUUUCUAGCAAUAUUUAUUUCCAGACCAUGAUUAUCGUUCAUUUCCUCUGUAGACACCAGGAGAGUCAAAAUCCAGACUGUAAUCACACAUUAUCCGACAUCCUGGGUUUACAUUUUGCGUUUAAAUGAAUUUAAACCACAGCGCUACUGAAAUGUGGAUUCUGAUUGGUCAGAAGAUGUUGAUUACAUUUCUAUAAGAGCAGCUCUGACAAUAGGGCAGGUUUAUAUUAAUGCGCCCAUUCUAAUAUGUUAUUGUUUCUAUAGUAACGGCUCGAUCACAGGGAAGUGUACGGCGAAUGCUACACUGGUGUACCUCAUUUGGUUCUACUUAUUUAUUUGGCUGUUUGCUUGUUUAAUUCUGUAUUUAUUUAUUAUUAUAGACACUUUUUCAGGGCCAGGUAGACUGUUUUUUUUUUUUUUUGGGGUUGUUGGUGCCUUCCUUUUUUUGUCAUUGUUUGUUAUCAUCGUAGUAUGAGAUACUGAACAGUGACAUGUGUAGACAAAUUUAGACUAGGUUAUGGAAACAAUUAUGGAUCUGGAUCGCACAUUUUUCAUACAGGACUUUAGCUAAAAGGCUGCUUUUGUGAAGUGGUGUAACAAUGAACGAGCAAGAUUUGAGCAAGGUUUGUGUUUGAUCUGAUGCAUGUACAUGAGAAAGAAAUACUUUUUAUUGUAGCUCAUAUUUACUGUAAUGCAUAAAACUAAUUUAGAUUUUGUUGUUGAGUUUGGUUAGAGUUUACUGUAGAAUGUGCUUUUGAACAGAUAUAUAAGAACAUACACAAUGUAAGCCAAAGGUUUGGAAGCAAAACAAUCUUUGAAAUUGAAAAUGAAAAGUACAUAACUGCAAACCAAAGGAAUAUUUCUGGGGGAAAAACACUUAAACCACAUGUCAGUAAAAGUGUGUUGGGUUGGUCGUUGGCAAAUUGUGAAAUAUUUUUGAAACUAUAAAAAUGGCUGCUCGCUUCCACACUUCUGGCCUGUGAUGUGUUUUCAUUUAACAACUAAAGAUGUUUAUCUGUCAAGUAUCAGGCUUGAUUUAUUCCUUAUUUAAGUGUAGAUCGCAGUGUAAUGUGGUAACAUGCAGGUUUUAUGGUCUAAUAAAGCCAGGUUUAAUAGCAUCUGUAUUUUUGCCGUGAUUUCUGUGCUGUUUGGUUAUGUUGUUGUUUACUGGUUUUGACACUGCUUUAAAACAUGCAAUUCCUCUCAGGUCAAAUAUUUUCCAUGCUGGUUUGGUUGGGUCAUGCUCGAGUGCCUGGUAUAAAACCACACACUUGUUUCUAUUAGGAAACACACUGCCUAACAGCAUUAAUGGUAACCUGUUCUCUGGAUCGUAUGCACCUUUUGGGUGAGACCAAUUUUUUUUAGGAACGUUGCGCUCCAUGGAUUUCUACAUCUGUAUUAUUUUGGACGAUUUUGCAAGCGAGCGCAACAUCGCCGCCCAACAGUCAUUAAGAAAAACGCACAGAAUGGUGUGAAGGAACGAGAUGCCAGUCUGAGGCUGAUUUCUUUCUAGCCCAGACUGUAGAUUCACGCAGCCUUUUAGUGACAGUCAUGUCAGGUGAUUACACAGAGUGAACAGAGAAUACAAGUAGAUAGAUGAAUCGUGCCGUGUCUCACGUACACCUUACAGUUACAAACAAACAA